AUGGAAUCUCGAGACGAACUCGAGAAUCCUGGUGAUGGAGCACUCCAGUCUGAUAAUUUUUCACCGUCAGAUAUACGCGAACGAAUUGAAUUGGUCUCGUACUGUGGAGAUGAACACACGCAGCUGCGAGCCUCUGCACGACUCGCCGAUGUGAAUGCCAUGAUACAGUGCAUCAUAGGGAGAUGCUUAAAGAAGCAGUUCAUCGAUGCUUCCAAAGAAAUUUCACGAGAUGACAAGACAUCGAUACAAACAGCCUCUAGUCACACCGCAUCUAUUAAUUCUGUCACUCCUAUACAAGUUCUCAUGCAAAAGAUGGAUGGAAUCGCGAGUAUUCUGAACAAUAUGCGUAGCACAGACAAAGUGUUACUAUAUGGCGAGAUGAUGCUGCUGGAUCCUGAAACGAAAGAGGAUAUUCAUAGGGCAAUGCUGGUGCUGCUAACUGACCGACUCUUGAUAGGAAAUAUUACUCCCUCCGGAAAAUAUAGGUAUUUUUUGCAUCACUUCGCAGUCAGU